ACUAUGGGUGCAAUGGAGAUGAUGACAGGAGUGUGGGCCAGAGACAGGGGGAAGCCAGUGUGAGACGGACCUCUCCCAGCUAUACAUCUGGGAAGGGGAGUCUAUAAACAGCUGGGGUUUUGUUUUUGUUUCAUUUUUAUGAUAAUUUGUUUGUAUUAGUGUUUAAUUCCAUAACUAACACAUAGAUGGACUUUCCUCACAACAAAGGACGUCAAAGGUGGCGGGCAAGCGCCCAAGUCGCACUCCCGCCUCAUCCAAGGGAGCCUGCGUGGCUCCCGGGAGCGCGCACGUCCCGGAGCCCAUGCCGACCGCAGGCGCCGUAUCCGCGCUCGUCUAGCAGCCCCGGUUACGCGGUUGCACGUCGGCCCCAGCCCUGAGGAGCCGCACCAAUGUGGAAACUGCUGCCCGCCGCGGGCCCGGCAGGAGGAGAACCAUACAGACUUUUGACUGGCGUUGAGUACGUUGUUGGAAGGAAAAAUUGUGCCAUUCUAAUUGAAAAUGAUCAGUCGAUCAGCCGAAAUCAUGCUGUGUUAACUGCUAACUUUUCUGUAACCAACCUGAGUCAAACAGAUGAAAUCCCUGUAUUGACAUUAAAAGAUAAUUCUAAAUAUGGUACCUUUGUUAAUGAGGAAAAAAUGCAGAAUGGCUUUUCCCGAACUUUGAAGUCGGGGGAUGGUAUUACUUUUGGAGUGUUUGGAAGUAAAUUCAGAAUAGAGUAUGAGCCUUUGGUUGCAUGCUCUUCUUGUUUAGAUGUCUCUGGGAAAACUGCUUUAAAUCAAGCUAUAUUGCAACUUGGAGGAUUUACUGUAAACAAUUGGACAGAAGAAUGCACUCACCUUGUCAUGGUAUCAGUGAAAGUUACCAUUAAAACAAUAUGUGCACUCAUUUGUGGACGUCCAAUUGUAAAGCCAGAAUAUUUUAUUGAAUUCCUGAAAGCAGUUCAGUCCAAGAAGCAGCCUCCACAAAUUGAAAGUUUUUACCCACCUCUUGAUGAACCGUCUAUUGGAAGUAAAAAUGUUGAUCUGUCAGGACGACAGGAAAGAAAACAAAUCUUCAAAGGGAAAACAUUUAUAUUUUUGAAUGCCAAACAGCAUAAGAAAUUGAGUUCCGCAGUUGUCUUUGGAGGUGGGGAAGCUAGGUUGAUAACAGAAGAGAAUGAAGAAGAACAUAAUUUCUUUUUGGCUCCGGGAUCAUGUGUUGUUGAUACAGGAAUAACAAACUCACAGACCUUAAUUCCUGACUGUCAGAAGAAAUGGAUUCAGUCAGUAAUGGAUAUGCUCCAAAGGCAAGGUCUUAGACCUAUUCCUGAAGCAGAAAUUGGAUUGGCAGUGAUUUUCAUGACUACAAAGAAUUACUGUGAUCCUCAGGGCCAUCCCAGUACAGGGUUAAAGACAACAACUCCAGGACCAAGCCUUUCACAAGGCUUGUCAGUUGAUGAAAAACUAAUGCCAAGCGCCCCAGUGAACACUACAACAUACGUAGCUGACACAGAAUCAGAGCAAGCAGAUACAUGGGAUUUGAGUGAAAGGCCAAAAGAAAUCAAAGUCUCCAAAAUGGAACAAAAAUUCAGAAUGUUUUCACAAGACGCACCCACUGUAAAGGAGUCCUGCAAAACAAGCUCUAAUAAUAAUAGUAUGGUAUCAGAUACUUUGGCUAAGAUGAGAAUCCCAAACUAUCAGCUUUCACCAACUAAAUUGCCAAGUAUAAAUAAAAGUAAAGAUAGGGCUUCUCAGCAGCAGCAGACCAACUCCAUCAGAAACUACUUUCAGCCGUCUACCAAAAAAAGGGAAAGGGAUGAAGAAAAUCAAGAAAUGUCUUCAUGCAAAUCAGCAAGAAUAGAAACAUCUUGUUCUCUUUUAGAACAAACACAACCUGCUACACCCUCAUUGUGGAAAAAUAAGGAGCAGCAUCUAUCUGAGAAUGAGCCUGUGGACACAAACUCAGACAAUAACUUAUUUACAGAUACAGAUUUAAAAUCUAUUGUGAAAAAUUCUGCCAGUAAAUCUCAUGCUGCAGAAAAGCUAAGAUCAAAUAAAAAAAGAGAAAUGGAUGAUGUGGCCAUAGAAGAUGAAGUAUUGGAACAGUUAUUCAAGGACACAAAACCAGAGUUAGAAAUUGAUGUGAAAGUUCAAAAACAGGAGGAAGAUGUCAAUGUUAGAAAAAGGCCAAGGAUGGAUAUAGAAACAAAUGAUACUUUCAGUGAUGAAGCAGUACCAGAAAGUAGCAAAAUAUCUCAAGAAAAUGAAAUUGGGAAGAAACGUGAACUCAAGGAAGACUCACUAUGGUCAGCUAAAGAAAUAUCUAACAAUGACAAACUUCAGGAUGAUAGUGAGAUGCUUCCAAAAAAGCUGUUAUUGACUGAAUUUAGAUCACUGGUGAUUAAAAACUCUACUUCCAGAAAUCCAUCUGGCAUAAAUGAUGAUUAUGGUCAACUAAAAAAUUUCAAGAAAUUCAAAAAGGUCACAUAUCCUGGAGCAGGAAAACUUCCACACAUCAUUGGAGGAUCAGAUCUAAUAGCUCAUCAUGCUCGAAAGAAUACAGAACUAGAAGAGUGGCUAAGGCAGGAAAUGGAGGUACAAAAUCAACAUGCAAAAGAAGAGUCUCUUGCUGAUGAUCUUUUUAGAUACAAUCCUUAUUUAAAAAGGAGAAGAUAACUGAGGAUUUUAAAAAGAAGCCAUGGAAAAACUUCCUAGUAAGCAUCUACUUCAGGCCAAUAAGGUUAUAUGAAUAUAUAGUGUAUAAAAGAGAUUUAAGUUACAAUGUUUUAUGGCCUAAAUUUAUUAAAUAAAAUGCACAAAACUUUGAUUCUUUUGUAUGUAACAAUUGUUUGUUCUGUUUUCAGGCUUUGUCAUUGCAUCUUUUUUUCAUUUUUAAAUGUGUUUUGUUUAUUAAAUAGUUAAUGUAGUCACAGUUCAAAAUUCUAAAUGUACGUAAGGUAAAGACUAAAGUCACCCUUCCACCAUUGUCCUAGCUACUUGGUUCCCCUCAGAAAAAAAGUCAUGAUACUCAUUUCUUAUGAAUCUUUCCAGGGAUUUUUGAGUCCUAUUCAAAUUCCUAUUUUUAAAUAAUUUCCUACACAAAUGAUAGCAUAACAUAUGCAGUGUUCUACACCUUGCUUUUUUACUUAAUAGAUUAAAAAUUAUAGGAAUAUCAAUAUAAUUUUUUUCUUUUAAUAUUUUUUCUUUUCCAUUAUGCUGUAGUCUUACCUAAACUCUGUUGAUCCAAACAAAAUGGCUUCAGUGGUGCAGAUGUCACCUACAUGUUAUUCUAGUACUAGAAACUGAAGACCAUGUGGAGACUUCAUCAAACGUGGGUUUGGUUUUCACCAGAAUGGAAAGACCUGUACCCCUUUUGGGUGGUCUUACUGAGCUGGGUCUGUGUCUGUUUUGAGCUUAUUUAGAGUCCUAGUUUUCCUACUUAUAAAGUAGAAAUGGUGAGAUCGUUUUCUUUUUCUACCUUAAAGGGAGAUGGUAAGAAACAAUGAAUGUCUUUUUUCAAACUUUAUUAACAAGUGAUUUUCAAGUCUGUGUUCAAAAAUAUAUUCAUGUACCUGUGAUCCAGCAAGAAGGGAGCUCCAAUCAAGAAUCACUACAACUGAUUAGUUGUUUAGAGAAUGAGAAAUGGAACAGUGAGGAAUGGAGGCCAUAUUUCCAUGACUUCCCUUGUAAACAGAAGCAACAGAAGGGACAAGAGGCUGGCCUCUACAUCACUCUCACCUUCCAAAUCUUGUGGAAGUGCAUCUACUUGCCAGAACCAAAUUAACUUACUUCCAAGUUCUGGCUGCUUGCAGGUGGAACUCCAGCUGCAAGGGAGUUAGGGAAAUGAAGGUCUUUUUUUAAAAGCUUCUCAGCCUUCCUAGGGAACAGAAAUUGGGUGAGCCAAUCUGCAAUUUCUACUACAGGCAUUGAGACCAGUUAGAUUAUUGAAAUAUUAUAGAGAGUUAUGAACACUUAAAUUAUGAUAGUGGUAUGACAUUGGAUAGAACAUGGGAUACUUUAGAAGUAGAAUUGACAGGGCAUAUUAGUUGAUGAAAUGGAGUCAUUUGAGUCUCUUAAUAGCCAUGUAUCAUAAUUACCAAGUGAAGCUGGUGGAACAUAUGGUCUCCAUUUUACAGUUAAGGAAUAUAAUGGACAGAUUAAUAUUGGUCUCUGUCAUGCCCACAAUCCCUUUCUAAGGAAGACUGCCCUACUAUAGCAGUUUUUAUAUUUGUCAAUUUAUGAAUAUAAUGAAUGAGAGUUCUGGUACCUCCUAUCUUUACAAAUAUUGGUGUUGUCAGUAUUUUUCCUUUUUAACCAUACCAAUGGGUGUGUAGUGAUGUUUCAUUUUGGUUUUAAUUUGUAUAUCCCUGAUAGCUAUAAUUGGGUCAUAGAAAUUCUUUAUACAUUCUAGAUGCAAGUCUCUUGUCAGAUAUACGUAUUGAGAUAUUACACCCAGUCUGUGGCUUGACUAUUUUCUUUAUGUCUUUUGAUGAAUAGAAGUUUUAAAUUUUGACAAGGUCAAAUUUAUUUUUUUCUUUUAUGUUUGAUAUUUUUUCUCUCCAAUUUAACCCCAAGAUUUCAGAUAUUCUGCUUUAUUAUAUAAACUUUAUAUUUUUAUAUUUGUGAUCUACCUUGAAUUGAUAUGUAUGUUGUGAAUUAUGGAUCAGGGUUCUUUUUUUCCCCCAUACAAGUAUCCAGUCAUUGUAACACUGUUUAUUGAAAGAAUUAUCCUUUCCUCAUUAAAUUACCUUGCCAAUUAGUAAAAAAUCAAUUAACCAUAA